GGGGCUCUGGCACUGAUCAGCAGAAGCUCCAGUCCCUCCUGUCCUCCGGCUGGCCCAGCCAGCUGCAAACAGCAGCGGCGGCGGCGGCAGAAGUUGCUGCAACAAAGUUACAAACUUGGAAGCAGGGCUCUUCGCAGUUAUGGGGAAAUCCUCUUUAAAGGAGACUUCUUUUGCCAUGAACAUGAACUCUGUUCACUCACGCGAGACAGUGUGUGUGUUUGGAACGGGAGACUUCGGAAGAUCACUCGGCAAUAAGAUGUUCCAAUGUGGCUACUCCGUGGUCUUUGGAAGCCGCAACCCUGAGCUGUCCGGUCUGCAUCCCAAAGGGAUUGAAGUCUUGAGUUAUAAAGAAGCUGCCCAGAGGUCUGAUCUUAUAAUCAUUGCAAUCCACAGAGAACAUUAUAAUUUUCUUAUAGAGUUAGCUGAGGAACUCCAAGGAAAAAUAUUGGUGGACAUCAGCAACAACCUUAAAAUUAAUCAAUAUCCUGAAUCCAAUGCAGAAUAUCUUGCUGAACUGGUGCCGGGAGCCAAAAUCGUGAAAGCAUUUAACACAAUCUCAGCCUGGGCACUCCAAUCAGGCACCCUGGAUGCAAGCAGGCAGGCAUUUGUCUGUGGAGAUGACAAGGAAUCUAAGCAGAGGGUGAUGGAUAUUGGCCGUACCAUUGGUCUUACUCCAAUGGAUCAAGGAUCUCUCAAGGCAGCCAAAGAGAUUGAAAACUACCCCCUGCAGCUCUUUCCAAUGUGGAAGUUCCCUCUAUACCUCUCCGCUGCCUUAUGUGUUUUCUAUUUUGUUUACUGUCUAUUAAGAGAAGUCAUCUACCCCUACAUUCAAGAAGAGAAAGACAACACAUUUUUCUUGGCCAUUUCUAUUCCAAAUCGUAUCUUCCCAGGGUUGGCUCUCAAUCUUCUUGCCCUGGUUUACCUCCCUGGGAUCAUUGCUGCCAUCCUGCAGUUGUACCGAGGUACCAAAUACAGUCGCUUCCCAAACUGGCUCGACCACUGGAUGCUUUGCAGAAAACAGCUCGGACUUGUGGCGUUGGCCUUUGCCUUCCUACACGUCAUGUACACGCUUGUGAUACCCAUCCGCCAUUAUGUGAGAUGGAAGUGGAGCAGCAGAAUAAUUAAUCAGAUAAAAACCAAUAAGACUGAUCCUUUUAACACGACCACUGCCUGGCUCAGUGAUUCUUACGUAGCCCUGGGCAUACUGGGAUUUUUUUUAUUUGUCCUUUUGGGAAUCACUUCCUUGCCAUCAGUCAGCAACACAGUCAACUGGAGAGAGUUUCGAUUCGUCCAGUCCAAACUUGGUUACCUGACACUGAUCUUAUGUACAGCACACACGCUUGUGUUUGGUGGGAAGAGAUUCCUCAGCCCUUCUAUUCUCAGGUGGUAUCUGCCUUCAAUCUAUGUGCUAAGUCUCAUCAUCCCCUGUACCGUGUUGGUCUUGAAGUUCAUCCUGGUAAUGCCGUGCUUCGAUCGGCCGCUUACACGGAUCCGGCAAGGCUGGGAAAGGAACUCCAAAGUCUCUAAAAAGGCCCAGUUAGGAAGUGGCAACAAUGAGGUGUGAAGGAGCUCAUCAUUACCACUGGGACUUCCCAGCAAUGGACUUGAAUGUUUACUGUAAAGUGUGCUUUUCUUCCCUACGCCUUCCUCCUCUUCCUCUCUCUGGAGUACCAGGAGCAGGCAGGGAAGGACUUUCUGCUAGGAAGGCCCCAAGAAACGACUGGACAUUUGGAAGAAGAGAUCCACUCUUCCUUGACUUCAACUUCGAUGCCAGGAUAUGCAAGAAGUUUGAUCUCUCUCUGUCUCUCUCUCUCUGAAAAUUUAAUGUCACAAGGCCACCCCACUUUCCUCAAAGGUUCCACAAUUUCACUGGGCAAAUGAGGGAUCCCUCUAUUGAGCUACAUAGUGACCUCUACUUUCUCCAUCCCACCCACCCCGAAUACCUUAGUAGUCUUCAUAAGUUGCUACAGGAAAAAAAAAACCAAAAUUUAAUAACCAGCCUCUGGCAUUGAUUUACUCUAAUCUUAUCUAAGCUAGUCCUCAUACAAUAUACUCAUUGUCCAUGACCAAGGCCCUACUAACUUGAUAGAACCUGCCAAAACUUGUGUGCCCUGCUGGCUUAGCUUUUUAGAACCUAAUAUGACUUGAGUGUUAGGGAACAUUGAAGAAAAACCUUCACAGAAGACAGAUUCCCUAGUGUAUAUAUUAUUUCAUAGGGAGAAACAAUCUACUGUGAUGGAAGGGGUUGGAAGAAGAAAAUCCCCCCUCUCUCCCCAAAAAAAAACCACAGAGAUGAGGUGGAGCCAGAAAAACAAUGUUGUACUGGUUUAUCAUGGAUCACAUUGGACUCAUUGCUUCAGUAUGUUUCAUUAUUUGCAUGUGUCUAAAUAUCACUUACGGCUGACUACAUGUAGUAUUAUCUUCUUACACAAUCCACAGUGAUGCUAGUUCCUGUAACUCACCAAGACUCAUCUUUUUUGUAAACAAUGAAACGUAAUAUGAAAAUUAAACACUGGUAGACCUAACUGGGGAUCAGUUGAAGGAACAGUAAGUGUUUAAGCCUGCAAAAGACAGGACAGGUGGGAGAUGAUAGCUGCCUUCAAGUUUUUUGAAGAGCUAAAAUGUAGAAAAGGGAUUAUACAGAUAUGUUCUUGUCUCUUGAAAGCAGAGAAAAAAACCAGAAGGAACGUGGGUGUAAUGGUAAAAAAAAAAAAAAA